AUGUCAAACUUUCUGAACCAGGACUUUGGGUCCGACGACGAGGAGGAUGAUUUCAACCCUGGGGUUCCAGAUGAAUCCGAUGCCGAAGAACCCAGCUCUAAGCCAGCGAAUAGGGAAACAUCCGUUGGCGAUGAUGCUAACAAUACGAGAUAUGGAGGCGAUGGGCAACCCGACGAUGAGGCGGAGAACGAAGUAGACAAUGAGGAAGAGGAGGAGGAAGAAGAAGAGGAAGACGACGACGACGAAGAAGAAGAGGCAGUGGGUCCUCAAAAGAAACGACGAAAGGCAAACCCUUUCAUUGAUGUUGAGGCUGGUGUCGACGAAGAUGAGGACGAAGGCGACGAUGAGGAGGACGAGCUUGCCGAGUAUGGCAUGGAGACACACCCCGACGAUCUUGAUGCGUUGCCUCAAGGCACCGAGACAGAUGACCGCCGCCACCGACAACUGGAUCGCCAGCGCGAGAUCGACGCCAGCAUGGACGCCGAGAAGCAAGCUCAGAUGCUCAAGGAACGAUAUGGACGAAACCGUGCCGCCGCCUCUGAUUCUCUUGUGAUUCCGAAACGACUUCUGCUUCCCAGUGUGGAGGACCCCAGCAUUUGGGGUGGCCGCUGUAAGCCCGGAAAGGAGAAGGAGGUCGUUUAUUCAAUCCAGAAACGAAUUGAAGAACGUCCAGCAGGGUCUCGCAACCCCAUUCGAAUCAUUUCAGCUUUCGAACGCGGAAACAUCAUGCAGGGAUGGUUCUACUGUGAAGCCCGCAGGCAGGCGGAUGUUGUUGAGGGCCUGGACGCCAUCAACUUCUAUUACCCCUCCCAGAAGCUCACUUUGGUUCCAGUGAAGGAGAUGCCCGAUCUUCUUCGCGUUCAAAAAUCGGAAGAACUUUUGCCUGGUGGCUGGAUUCGCAUCAAGCGUGGUAAAUACCAAGGCGACCUGGCCCAGAUUGAGGAGGUCGAAACCAAUGGAUUGAACGUUACCGUUCGAUUGGUUCCUCGAUUGGACUACGGAAUGAAUGAAGAUACCUUUGGUGCUCCUACUGACGUCAAGCGCAAGCGUGGUGCCGCAAACACCGUUCGCCCGCCCCAGCGCCUGUUCAGUGAGACGGAGGCAAAGAAGAAGCACGCGAAGUAUCUCUCCUCUACAUCUGGUCUCGGCGGCAAGUCCUGGAACUAUCUUAAUGACAACUACGUGGAUGGUUUCCUCAUUAAAGAUAUGCGCGUUCAGCACUUGAGUGCCAAGAAUGUCAAUCCCCGACUCGAGGAAGUCACGAUGUUCGCGCGUGGAGGAGAAGACGGAACCGCUAAUUUGGAUCUGGCUUCAUUGGCCGAGACUUUGAAGAACUCCACAGCCGAGGAGUCAUACCAACCUGGUGAUCCCGUGGAGGUCUACCGGGGUGAACAGCAGGGUCUCAUUGGUCGCACAGUGUCGACUCGGGGUGACAUUGUUUCAUUGCAAGUCACCGAGGGUGAUUUGGCGGGUCAGACGAUCGACGCGCCUGUCCGAACUCUCCGCAAACGCUUCCGUGAAGGUGACCACGUCAAGGUGAUUGGCGGUAGCCGGUACCAGAACGAACUGGGUAUGGUCGUUCAAGUCAAGGACGACACUGUGACUUUGCUCAGCGAUAUGAGCAUGCAGGAGAUCACAAUCUUCAGUAAAGAUCUUCGACUCUCAGCCGAAAUGGCUGCCGAUGGACAACUUGGUAUUUACGACGUGCAUGACUUGGUUCAGCUUGACGCUGCAACUGUUGCUUGUGUCAUCAAGGUCGACCGGGAAUCCCUCCGUGUCAUUGACCAGAAUGGAUCCAUCCGCAACAUACUUCCAACACAAAUCGCCAACAAGAUUGUUCCUCGCCGUGACGCUGUCGCUACUGAUCGCAAUGGCGCAGAGAUUCGGGCUGCCGAUACCGUUCGGGAAGUCUACGGAGAGCAGCGCAGUGGAGUUAUCCGUCACAUCCACCGUUCAUUCCUCUUCUUGCACAACAAGGCGCAAGCUGAGAAUGCGGGUAUCUCGGUGGUCCGAACAACAAAUGUUGUUACCGUGUCAGCACGAGGUGGUCGUUCCACUGGUCCUGACCUGACCAAGAUGAACCCCGCCCUGGCGCAGCAGAUACCUGGCGGCGGUGCCAACAUGCCACCACCUCGCCGUGGCCGUGACCAGCUGAUUGGAAAGACUGUGACUAUCCGCAAGGGUCGUUUCAAGGGGUUAGUCGGUAUUGUUCGCGAUGCAGACGACAACUCCGCUCAAGUCGAGCUCUACACAUCUAACAAGCCCGUUCACAUUCCGCGAGACGUUUUGACACCUAAAGAUCCGGUUUCCAAACAGCCCCUAUCCAUGGGCCGUGGAAGAGGUGGAGGCGCAGGUGGUCGCACUCCAUUCGGUUCUUCUGGUGGUCCACCAAGAGAUAGCUGGUCUGGUGGCCGAACCCCUAUGGCCGCUGAUUCAUCUCGCACACCAGCCUGGGGCGGCGCCAACUCAUCGAGAACUCCUGCUUGGGGCGGCGUUAGCGGCUCCCGCACCCCAGCCUGGAAAAAUGACGGCUCUCGCACCUCCAAUCCCUACGCAGACGGCAGCCGUACCGCCUACGGAGGAAUCGGCAACCGCACACCAGCCUGGAACUCCGGCUCCAAAACUCCAUAUGACUCCGGCUCCGGAUUCGACGCAUUCGCAUCUGGCUCCCGCACUCCUGCCUGGGGAGGCGCCGCCCCAAACACAAAUACAGGCAACCGCACCCCAGCCUGGGGUGGCCUCUCUAGCAACCGGGACCAGCGCGAUUUCGACGAUGCCCCAACCCCAGGUGGAAACUACUCUGCUCCUACACCUGGCGCAUACGCAGCCCCCACUCCUGGUGCACCAACCCCCGGCGCAUGGCCCGAGAGUGCACCUACCCCUGGUGGUGCUUUCAGCGCGCCGACCCCUGGUGGUCCCACCCCAGCGGCUUAUGAUGCGCCUACCCCUGCUAUGGGCGUGGCUGCUACACCUGGUGCUGGUUAUGGUGGUAAUGAUGGUGGUCCCCGUUAUGAUGAUAGCCCGAGUCCGUGA